CAGAUCACGGUUGGAAGAUAUCCGCGAAACAUUUUUCGUGAGUGGCAUCGUCGUUGCUAGUGAAGAUCGUGGAUCCAUCAGAAUCCUAAGAGGGGAUCCUCGGGUUCGACGACCGAUCAGUUUCAACUGCGCGGUCCACGUGAGUGUGCAUCAAUAACGUGUGUCGCAGAGUGAGGCAAUAUUGAGUAAAAAGUAGUGUCACGCUUGCAGUUCGUGGUAGACGAGUCUUAAUUACGUGAAAAAUAUAGCAGAAUCUUCGUAAGUUCACACGAUGAGUCGAAUGGUCGCAUUAUUACUAUUGGCAGCUGUAACUGUCGUUACAGCCGAGGAGAUGGUGGCGGUCGUUCGCCUAACUCCGCACGACGUUAAGGGAAAAAAUGUCACGGGUAACUUGAAGAUCGUUCAGUCCAUUCCGAAUGGGCCCGUGACCAUUACGGGCACGAUCUAUGGUCUUACCGAGGGGCUUCAUGGCUUUCACGUACAUGAGAAGGGAGAUCUGAGCGACGGUUGCACAUCCGCCGGAGCGCACUUCAAUCCUGAGAAUACGACUCACGGUGGACCGGAUGACACUGUGAGACAUGUCGGCGAUUUGGGAAAUGUCCAAGCCAAUUCUGAGGGAGAAGCAAUGGUAAAUAUCACUGACAAGAUUAUUUCAUUGAGCGGACCGAACAAUAUCCUAGGACGAGCCAUAGUUGUUCAUUCUGGCGAGGACGAUCUUGGCAAGGGUAACCAUACUCUCUCCUCGACAACUGGAAAUGCCGGAGACCGUUGGGCCUGUGGUGUCGUCGGUGUCCAAUCGCCGACAGGCAGUUGGAAUUCCAGUUCAUUUACCACGCCAAAUAUAUCGACUCUUUUGAUAUUCUUCCUCGUUGUGGCUUAUCAACAUUUCAAGUUCUAAUUAUCCCGCGGAAGCUCGAAAUCAUUUCUUAUACGAGGAUAAAUAAAUCAGCUAGAAUUGUGUGCGCGUGCAACUCAAAGGGAACAGCAUGAGUUCUAUGAUCAUCGAUUAUUCGUCAAUAUAUAUCAGCAGUGAAGAAUAACAAAAUUUUUUAACGACAAGCGAGAUGUGUGUAUGUUACUGAGUAAGAUGUUAUUUUGAUUGUUGUCGUAACGUAAACGUGAUUUAAAAGCACUAGCCGAUUAUAUUAUAAAUCUCAUUGUGAUAAAUCGGCGAGAAAUGCAACGCAGUAAUUGCAUUUACUAUGUACCUGCGAAUUACUUACACUGCUCAAGUUAAUGCAUCGAAGAAUAUUUUGUCAUAUUUAAAUCAAUUAAAUAAUGAAUUUUUUUAUAUUUGUAUUUAAUAUUAUGCAAUUUCAACAUUAUCUAGAAACAUUUAAUUUGCGCAUUCGCGCACCUUACAUUGAGCAAAAAAAUGACUUUUACUUGAAACUAUAUGCGCAAAAUAUUUAUAUAUUGUAAUUUGCAAUAUUUUUAUCUACUUAAUUAAUUUACGAAAGAUGUGCAAUAUAAUUUAGCAAUAUAUAUAAGUGUUACUUAUCAUAGGAUAGCCAGUUUCGUUAGCGGCAUUAUUCAUAUACUUAAAUACAGUAUAAUAUUACACUCUUCAUAUUUGUUAUUCGUAAUGUGUACUUUUGCAAGCUGCAAACUUUCUUCUCUAUACAUCUCUUUUAGCUGAGUCUCAUUAUUGUUAAUAUUACUUGUUAAUAAGAAAGAAAUUUGCUAAAAUAAAAUUCUUAAUUGAUGUAAA